GUCACGGCCACCGGGAAAGCUCCCACCCUCGGUCAACCCCUUCGGCCAGGCUCGCAACGCCGGAGCACCGAGAUCCGACGACUAACACUUAGCCUUGUUCUCGGCUAUUCAGGAAGUUCUCGUCCUGUAACCGUGUUAUACCUUGGUUCCUUUUACCUUUUCUAUGGCCUCGCAGGAGAAGAAUUGGAGCACGGUUAUCUCAAAGAAGAACAAGAAGAAGGAAAACGACAAAGAGAUCAAAGCGGCUAUGAAGCAACAAUACGCCGACUACCUCCACACAAACAAAGGCGGGCUGGACGAGUUCAGCGACUAUGACGACACUGAGUCUGUACCAGAGACCCCUUCGGAGCCGCCGAAUGCACCUAUGGAAAUGCGCAAUCAAGCUGUGGAGACGCCAGCUGAAGUUUCACGAGGCAUGGAGGCGCUACCGGCCUACCAAGCGUGGCUCAAGAGGGCCACCCAGUUCGACCUGGACCCGAGAUACCAAAAGGGAUGGGGAGCUUGUUUACUUGGCAGGUUCACAGGACGUUUCCCCGGGAAGGAGGCCAUUUUCGACCUCAUGAGAAGAUGGAAGCAUAAAUCCCGAGUCAACUUUCAUCGGAAAGGGUGGCUCUGCUUCCAAUUCGGAAGUGAAGAAGCAAUGGAGAAAAUCUGCUAA